AUGUAUACUUUAUACAAGUCUCUGCUCUUCGGCUCUCUAGCCACCUCAGUAUAUUGUGCCCCGACAACCUCUAAGGACGACCAAUGGCCUUUGGUUGCCAACGACAAAGAUCGUAACGACGAGUUUGAUCUUUCACCAAAUGCAGAGUAUGCGUUCUCUGGGAUUGCAACGUUCGCCAGGCUUCCAACGGUACAAUGUCUUAUCGAAGACGGUCCAGUAGACGAUAUUCUCGUCGUUGGCUUUCCAUUCGAUACCGCUACAUCAUACCGCACUGGGACCCGCUUUGGACCGAAUGCAAUCCGGCAAGGCUCUCGAGCCGUAUCACUGGCCGGACAUUACAAUUUCCGCCAAAGCAUAAACCCUUUCACUCAGAACGUCUCUAUCGUCGAUUGUGGCGACUUCCCAAUCUCUCCUUUCGACAAUGCUUUGGCUUUUGCGCAGAUGGAAGACUGGUCUGCUAGGCUUCUCAAUAGAGAAGUCAAGGCUCAAGACGGCGGUGUAACAUCGAGGAUCACUGGACGCAAGCAUCCACAAAUCGUAGCCCUGGGUGGCGAUCACAGUAUCUCACUUCCCAUCCUUCGAUCACUGCACAAGAUUCAUGGGCCUAUGUCAGCAAUUCACAUCGACGCGCAUAUCGACACUUGGUCUCCCAAGGUGUUUGCCGGCUCAAAUGGCGCUCCAAGUAAGCAGGCCGAGUUCGCCGACGGAACGCCCUACUACUGGGCUGGCAUGGAAGGUCUUUUAAGCAAGACCUCUGUCCACGCGGGCAUUCGCAGUACACUCGACUCUGCGGCGGACCUGGAGCUCGACGCAGAAGUCGGAUUCAAGAUAAUUCCUGCCGGCGCUAUUCUGCAGCGUGACGGUCUACAGAAAGUUAUUGAUACUAUCCGGAAGACAAUCCCUCAUGACGAGCCUGUAUACGUCUCAUUGGACGUGGAUGUGUUGGACCCUGCUUUUGCACCAGGAACGGCUGGUCCUGCAUCAGGUGGCUGGACACCGAGAGAGGUGAUUCAAAUUAUCAUCGAGGCUCUUGCCGGGAUGAAUAUCGUGGGUGUAGAUGUUGUUGAGAUACUUCCAGGGAUGGAUAGUGCUGAGGUCACAGGCAUUGCCGCUGCCGAGUUCACCUUCGAGGUAAGUAUACCUUCUUGA